AUGGCUGCAAAAAUGAUUCCAGGCUUGCCCUCUUCGCCAUCACGCGGAGACCGAGAGAACCACCCACUGCAUCCCAAUGAUGUCGAUUCUCUUUCUUCAGCCGUCCAUGCCGCCCUCGCGGGUGCUGCAGCCCAGCCUGUCGCCCCUCCUCCUCCUCCUGACUACGACAACAUGUACAGCGAGAAGGACAAGGCUCAUUCCAGCCUCGACAUCGUCGUCAACUCCGACACACUCUUCCUCAAGGGCACCGGCGUCGACGUAGAGCCCGCCCUGCUCUCCGGCAAUGUCGUCCUUAACCUCACAGAGCCCACUUCUAUCAAGGAGAUCACGCUCGUGUUCAGAGGCAAGGCACGCUUACCCAACGCUGCAAACGAACCCUUGUCACUGAACACUUCACCCCUAACAUACCUCGUAUGCAGUCACGACUGGUCCUUCCUCGAAGGCGAGAAGAAGCACAGUCAUACUCUCAAGGCCGGGCGACACUACUUCCCGUUCCAGCUCCAGGUCGGUGGCUCUCUGCCAUCCAGCCUAUUUACCACUGUCCUGGGUGGCGCGUCCGUCCAUUACAAACUGCGCGCUGUAGCAGUCCGCCCGGGGUUCGCCCACAACAUGCAAGCAGUCCUGCCUAUCACCAUCAUGCGCUCCCUCGCCACCGAGGCCCUCGAGUACCAGCAGACCCUCGAAAUCGAGAACACAUGGCCCGAAAAGCUCAUGUACUCCAUCAUGAUCCCGCACAAGGCAUGGGCCGCCGGCGACCGGCUCACCGCGAUCGUCAAGUUCUCCCCGCUCGCCAAGGGCGCGCGCGUGCUCAACGUGAGCACGACCGUCAACGAGACGAUCAAGCUCUACCUCCGCGCGGGCUGCCAGGAGAACACGCGCGUGAUCUCGACGACGCGCCACGAGCUCGUCGACGGGCGCGCGCGCGCGCUCAUCGACCCGGACAUCCCCGAGGAGAUACUCUCGUCCGACGACGUGGUCACGACGCUGGACAUCACGAUCCCGCUCACCGCGACGCCGACGCACACGCUCGAGCCGAUCAUCGUCUCGCACCGCAUCCGCUGGUCGAUCCUGAUCGGCAACCGCGACGGGCACACGUCGGAGCUGCGCUGCUCGCUGCCGCUGCAUGUCCUGGACCACCGGCUGCUGGAGGAGGCGCGCGCGGCGACCGCGGCGACGAGGCGGCUGUUGCUCGGCGGGGGCGAGCAUGGGAACGAGGAGGAGGAGGAAGAGGCGGAGCUCCCGAGCUAUCCGGCCCAUGUGCGCGAUCGGGUGGCGGACCCGUAUAUGUCGGAGGGGUCGUACACCGUUGCGAACCCGUAUGCGGCGUCUGGGGCUGCGACGCCGUCGACGCACGGGCUGCCGUCGGGAGCGCGGACGCCUUAUGCGACAUCGUCGGGUGUUGCUUCCCCAGUAUCGGAAGGUCGACCUUCUCUGGCGUUCGCGACAGGAAGUACCCCUCCGAUGAUCAACGGGGGCACCAGCGUUCCCCUAGACCUCGUCAACUCCGAGCUACUUGCAUCGCUAGCGCAGCAGAACCAGGGGCCGUCCCCGCCGACAACGUCCGCAAACACUCCGCCAGACUCGUCCGCUGCGAGCCGGCCAUCGAGUCGCGGCGGGAGCAGAAGAGGGAGCCGACGCCCGAGCCGCGCGUCCUCGCCCGAGCGCGGGGGGUCGCAUACACCGCACACGCCGCAGGAGACCUACGUGCACGGCGGCUCGGCGAGCCGCGGCGCGCACGGGCUGUUCCACAUCUCGAUGAAGCCCUUCACGUCGCUCACCUCGACGUUCUCGCUCGGCUCGCGCAGCCACGGGCACACGCCGACGCACCACCCGAGCCACUCCGCGUCCUCGUCCGACCUCGCGAGCCUCCGGCACGCGCCGUCGCAGCCGACGACGCCCGGCGUGAGCCAGGACCCCAACUCGGGCGCGGGGCUGCUCCACCGCGCGUUCACGGAGGUGCCGGACUAUGAGAGCGCGUCGCGCCCCGGGGGCGGGCUGCCGCCGCUGUCGAGCCUCACGGGCCUGCCGUCGUACGAGGAGGCGGAGCGCGCGGACAGGUCGUCGAGUGAUUCCGACCUCGCGAGCCGGUUCGCGCAGGGCCGGGCGCGCGCGCCUGUUGCCAGCGGUCUGCGGACAUAGUAAUGGCGGGUGCAGGGGUAUUUAUUAUGGGAUGUGGUAUAGUGCAGGACGAGGGACCUUGCCCAUGUUGUUGUUGUUUCUCCAUUUGUUAAUUAUCGACACCCAGCUCAUAGACUAUAGACUCGUUUGGGAUCCCCUCGCAGGUAGCGCGACGCAUGACAUGCACGAUGGUAGCGUUUAUAUAGAUUCCUCGACUCCUUAUCUAAGUACUUAAUGCCUUCGUAUCUGUUGUCUCACAAUCGCAUAGAGCGUCUCGUUAUUGGCUAUGUAUGAUGUAGGAAGUACAAGAGACCCGGAUCAUGCAAUUCACUGAAUGUAU